AUGACAGGCCGAAUAAAAUUACCAUUUAAAUUAGGUGAUUCAAAAAAGACAGCUGAAAUCGAUAUUAUUGAAACAUUAAAAAAAGAGGAUUUUUCAUUAAGUGAAAUUGUUCGAUAUGGUUUUCCGUAUCGACCAACAACACUUGCUUAUGAUCCUGUACAAAAAGUUCUUGCCAUUGGAACAAAAAAUGGUAUCAUUAAAAUCUAUGGCGGUGCAUUUGUUGAAUGUUCAUUACAACAUCCUACUGAAGUUGAAAUUGUUCAAUUAGUUUUUCGUAUAAAUGAAGGUGCAUUGAUAAGUGCAUGUCGAGAUAAUUAUAUACAUUUAUGGAAUUUACGACAAAAAAAACCAGUGAUUGCUAGUUCACUUCGAUUUGUUAAAGAAAAAAUAAGUCGUUGUUUAUUACCACUUGCUUUUAAUUCCAAAUGGCUUUUAGUCGGUACUUAUGUUGGAAAUGUUUAUGUUGUUAAUCUUGAUACAUUUACACUUUCAUCAUAUAAAAUUAUGUGGAAUAAUGCAAUUGGAAUGAGUCGAAGCUCUCAUCCAGGAGUUGUAGUUGAUUUAUGUCAAAAUCCUGAUGAUCCGACACGCUUGUAUAUUGGAUUUAGUACACAUCUAUCAUCACCAAAUACUGUUCCAUUAGGACAGGUUGUUUGUUGGAAUCUACAACAGAAAACAUCUGAAUGUGUUUAUACAUUAUCUCAAGGUUUGACAUCUCUCGCAUGGCAUUAUGAAGGUCGACAAUUUAUGUGUUCACAUUGUGAUGGAUCAUUAUCCGUAUGGAAUUUACGAGCUAAUGAUAAACCUGUUAGCGUUAAUUAUCCACAUACUCGUAUUUGUAAAGAAGAAUCACCUAAAUUUGGACCAGUAACAAAAGUUGUUUGGAGUGCCGUUAAAAGCUCUGGUGAUUCAUUUAUAAUAUUUUCUGGUGGAAUGCCACUUCAAAAUGAUUAUCCACAAACAUCUAUUAAUACAUCUUUAAAAUCUUCAUCUUAUUUUUUAACAAUACUACGUGGUCAAGCAAUAAAUGUUCUUCAUAUGGAUAAUGCAAUUGUUGAUUUUCAAGUCAUAACACCAUCUCCACAUAUAGCUGAUACACCUGAUCCAUCAGCUGUUGUUGUUUUACUUGAAAAUGAUCUUGUUGUCAUUGAUUUAAAAAGUGACAAUUAUCCAUUAUUUGAAAGCCUUCAUACAUUAGAUCUACAUGAAUCACCAAUAACUUUUUGUGAUUAUAUAACAGAACCAAAUACAAUUUUUUAUCAAAAUCUUCUUCGUUUACAAUCAAAACAAGCAACGAAACGUACAUUUAGUCCACAAGAAAAUCCAAUAUCAGGUGGUCGAUCUGGUUCAACUAUAUUUGGUUACAAUGAAUUACUUUUAACUGGUCAUGCUGAUGGUACAAUUAAAUUUUGGGAUGCAUCUGGUUGUAAUCUUGUAUUUUUAUAUAAAUUACGUACAAAUCGUUUAUUUGAUCGCAUACAACCACUACAUUCACCACCAGCAUCGUCAACAAAUACAAAUAAUAUGAAAGAAAUCAAUUCAAAUAUUAAAUUUGAUACGAAAUCUACACGUGCAAACAGUAAUACCAAUGAUGAACAAUUACAACAAAUAUUAUUAAGUGAUGAUAAUCCAUUUAGUAUAUAUUCAAUAAAAACAUGUUGUGAUGGAAAAUAUUUAAUGGCUGCUGGACGUGGUGGUCAUGUCACAUUAUUUAAAUUUACAGGAUCAGAAUUAGAAAAAUCUGAUGAAGGUUUAGGAGAUUUAGCAUGUUUAGAAAUACCGAUAUUUCAUAGAAAUGUAUCAAAUAAUCAUGAUGAUUUAAAUAUUAGUUCAAAUAAUUCAAUCUUAAAUGAUUUACAAUCAAUUGCAAUUAAACAAAAUUUAGAAAAAAAAGUCUCGUUUAUUAUUACUAUUUUAAAAGAAAUGAAUAAUUUGUUUUCUUCUCUACAGGAAUUUAAAAGUUUACUUCGAGCUAAAAGAGGUUAUCGUCGAAUGGCUGGUUAUCAACCUGAACUUGUUUGUUUAUUAUCAUGGUUACCAAAUGAUAAAGUGCCUCUCUUAACUGAUAUUUCAAUUAAUUCAAAAUAUGGAUUAAUAAUAUUUGGUUUAGAAAACGGACUUGUUGUUGUUGAUUAUCUAAGUCAAUUUAUAUUAAUGAAUAUGGCAACAGCAGAUUUAUAUGGUACAUCAGAUCCAUUUCAACGAGCUACAUCAUCACCAAAACGUCGUGGAACAACAAAUGAUUCAAAUAAUGAUGAUUCCGGUACAUUCUCAUAUGACUAUCAGCAUCGACCAAUAACACCUAAUUCAGGAACACUACCGAAUAUAUUUUCAUUUAAUAAUAUUGAAGAAAAUUUUUCAAAAAAUCAUUUACAACCAUUUGAUCAAUAUACACAAAUCUAUCGUUCAAGAUCAAUUGAAUCUGUAUCAAGUAUAGAUCCGACAUUAAUAGGAGGAUAUAAUGAUGACAAAUCUCUUGCAUCAAAUAAUCCAACAUUAGCUAAAACAUUUCGUACUAUACGUAAACAUUUAACACGUACAUCAAAUAAUAAAAAUGAUAAUCAAAUCAUAUUUGAUGAAAGUGAACUAAAUAAUCUAGGUGAAGAAUUUCAUUCAAAUUUUCCGAAACAAACAAUAACAACAGUAACAAUAAAACGAUCUAUACCUAAUGAUAAAACAUUAUCAUCAUUUGAAAAUGAAUUUAAAACAGAAUCAUCAAGUGAUCCAACACAUGGAACAUAUACAUUUGAAUAUAUGAAAGAUAAAUUUCCUAAACAAAAAUCUGAUAUUUAUCAUCAUCAUCAAUCAACAACAAAUAAACAAGCCGUUUCGACAACAUAUACAACAUAUCAUACUCAUACUGUAACAGUUCAUAGUAAUUCGGAUAAACCAUUGGUUAUUGAUCUUCCACGUUCAUCAAGUACAUCUAGUCUAGAUAAUAUAAUUACAAAUGAAAGUGUGUGUGCUAUACAAUUUUCGGAAUCAUUUACAUAUAAAAAUGAUUUUACAAUUUCACCAAGUGUUUGGCUUGGUACAAGUACCGGUUCUGUUAUUGUUAUUAAUUUAAAUAUUAUUUAUGAACCUAGAAAUAUUAGCGUUGUACCAAGUGGAACAGUAUUUCGAUUAACUGGUCGAAUAUUACAUAUAUCUUUUCUUGAUCAUAAAGGUCUAAUCAUACCAUCACCGAGUGAAAAAUGGGAAUCAAAAAAAACUAAAUCAAAUCGAACAACAGAUGGUACACAAGAUUUAAAUUCAUCAUCAUGUGUAUUACCUGGUAAUACAGCAUUAUCUCCAACGACAAGUAUACCAUCAAAUAAUACUCAAUAUGUUGUCAUUUGUUCAUCAAAAGAAGCUCGAGUUAUUUCAUUACCAACUCAAGUUUCAAUAUUUAAACAGAAAAUUUUUGAUUCACUUGGUUCAUCAGCAUCUAAUAUAACACGUGCAUCAGUUGUUAAAAUUGCUGGUUCUGCUUGUUUAACAUGUUAUUUAGCUUCUGGUCGUAUACAUGUUUAUAGUUUACCUAGUUUACGCGAACUUUUCACUACAAAUCUUGAUCCAAUGAUUGAUUCAUGGAGAUCAAUGAUAAGUUCAACAUUUACAUUUACUAAUCGUGGUCAUGGACUUUAUAUGUGUUCACCAACGGAAAUUCAAAAAAUAACAAUUUCUUCUGAUAUCAAAGAACAAAUUAAUGAAAUGCUCUGCGAAUUAUAUAGUCCAUCAAUAUUAAUGCCUGAAGCACCUAAACAAAAUUUCUUUGCUAAAUUAUUUGCUUCAAAUGCAAUGAUUGAUUCGGAUCAAUUAUUUGGAGAAGCAGCUGGUAAAGCUCCGGCUGGUGUUAUUAAAAAAGAAGAUGUUAAUGUUAAUAUGAAUCAAUUACGUGGUAAUACUGAUUCAGCUAGUAGUGCUAUACAUGAUACUCGAAUGAAAUUACUUGAACGUGGUCAAAAGUUAAAUGAAAUUGAUAUUGCAUCUAAAGAAAUGGCUGAUCGUGCUGAAGAAUUUUCUAGUUUAUCACGUAAAGUUAUGUUAAAACAAAAAGAAAAAGCUGAAUGGUCAUGGCCAUUUACAUCAAAAAAACAGUGA